UCGGGCAGCCGGGACUGGCUGCCGCCCGCGUGGUGCUGCCGGUUCCCCAGAGCGCACACAGCAGCGUCGCUCCCAGGCCCAGGCACCCAGCCCUGAGCCAUGGCACUGCUCACCCACCUUCUGGCCUGUGCCUUCGGCAUGGGCUCCUGGGUGGCCAUCAACGGGCUGUGGGUGGAGGUGCCACUGCUGGUGACGGUGCUGCCGGAGCAGUGGUACCUCCCCUCCUACAUCACCAUCAUCAUCCAGAUGGCCAAUGUGGGACCUCUCUUUGUCACCCUCAUGAAUCGCUUUCGGCCUGGCUUGCUGAAGGAGGUGCCUGUCAUCUAUGUGAUCGUGUCCGUGGGUGUUGUGGCCUGCUUGCUCCUGGCUUUCCUCUGGAACCACACGUCUGUCAUUGCUGGGACAUCCCACAGCGUCUCCUUCCUAAUCCUUACCUUCUUCCUGGCCCUGGUGGACUGCACCUCCUCUGUCACCUUCCUGCCCUUCAUGAUGCAGCUGCAGCCCCAGUACACAAACACCUUCUUCAUAGGUGAAGGGCUAAGUGGGCUGAUCCCUUCUCUCAUUGCCCUGGGCCAGGGCUCUGGUAUCUCCACCUGCACCAAUGUCAGCUACGAAGUCAAUGUCACUACUGGCAACGAGACCAUGGAGACCACCACCUUCCAUCUGGAGACACACUACCUCCCACCCAACUUCUCCACCCUCAUCUUUUUCCUGCUCUUGACUGCGAUGAUGCUGACCUGCUUGCUGGCCUUCUUCUUCCUCACCCGGCAGCCCAAGGUGUGGGAGCUCUCCCAGCAGCACCUCUUUCCCAGCAACAUUGUGCUGAGCUCAUUUGACCAGAUCCUUGAUGAGGCAGCUGACUCGCACCUCGGCAGAGGCUGCUCAUGCCCAAAGGAUCCCAAGGGACCUGGGGACAUCCUGCCACAGAAGGUCUCCUACUCCCUAACCCAGCUCACCCUCAUCUACCUCCUCAUCGCCUGGGUGAGCGCCCUGACAAACGGGGUCCUGCCAUCUGUGCAGUCCUACUCCUGCCUGCCCUAUGGGCACACCACCUACCACCUGGCAGCCACGCUCAGCUCCAUGGCCAACCCCCUGGCCUGCAUCGUGGCCAUGUUCCUGCCCAGCAGGUCCCUGACCCUGAUGGUCCUCCUCACUAUGGCAGGGACAGGCUUUGGUGCCUACAACAUGGCCAUUGCAGUGAUGAGUCCCUGCCCGCUCCUCCAGCAGUCCCAGUUGGGCGAUGUCAUCAUCGUCCUCUCCUGGGUGCUGUUCACCGGGACGCUCUCCUACAUGAAGGUGAUGGCCGGGGUGAUGCUGCGGAGCCGCAGCCGCAGCGCGCUGGUGUGGUACGGGGUGCUGGAGCAGCUGGGCUCCCUCCUGGGGGCACUGCUCAUGUUCCCCCUUGUCAACGUCUAUGGCCUUUUCAAAUCUGCUGACUACUGCAGCCCGCCGUGCCCAGCAUGAGUGGGGUGGACGCUCCAAGACCGCUGCUCUUGCCAGCAUGAACUCCCAGAACCAGCGAGGCUGGCUGGCUGGGAAGCAGCGCUGGGACCAGGACACAGUUCCCUGAUGGACUCUGCCAGGGCGCAGCAUCUCCAGGGCUUUGUUCCCAGCCGGGGCACGGGGUGUUCCCAUCCUGUGAAA